AAAUAAAGUACCUUGAAAUUUUUGUCUCGUGCUUUUCAAGCGCACGUGCUGCAUUUGUGAUUUUUCGCAUGCCGACUGCAAACCAUAUGGCAAGAUAGAUUAUCAGAAAACUUCACUUGAAAAAUGUGGUCCGACACACAAAAAUCGUUUUGCGUUGAGACUUAUGUCUUGACGAACUCUCUUGAUGAGACCAGGCGGCAGUAUCUAAAGAAGUUCGGUCUGGACCAUCGGAGGCUCGACCUUGCACCGGGGAACAAGUCUAUCCAGAAGUGGGUAGCUAAGUUUCGAAAUUUCGGAACGGUGGUAAAAACCAAGCCGCCCGGGAGAGGUCGCACGGUCAGAUCUGAGGCCAACAUUCAACGGGUAUCCGCCUCUACCCUUCAGAGCCCAAAAAGAUCCACUCGGCGUCGCUCUCAGGCACUGAAUAUCAGCAGGACAACUCUGCGGAGAAUCAUGAAAGAAGAUCUUGGACUGUACCCGUACCGGCUUUCAAUACAUCAGAAGCUAUCAUCAUGCGACAGGGAGCGUCGGGUCGCCAUGGCCGAGUGGUUCGAACACAACCCACGUGUGUUCAGCAAGCUGUGGUUCAGUGACGAGGCUCACUUCUGGCUGAACGGAUAUGUCAACACCCACAAUGCUGUGCACUGGGGCAAGGAACCACCAGAUGAGGUCCUCUGCAGGCCUCUUCACUGCGAGAAGGUUACGGCGUGGUUGGCGAUGCGGCACGGCGGGGGAACUAUCGGUCCCUUCUUCUUUGAAAAUGAAAACGAAGUGGCGACAACGAUCAACUCUGCUCGCUAUGUCAGCACAGCGCUGGAGCCGUUCUGGAGAGAACUCGGGGAGAGGCCACUCAGGCGUAACCAAGAGUGGUUCCAGCAGGAUGGUGCCACACCCCACACUGCUUGCGCAUCGAUGGAUUGGGUUCGAAGUCACUUCCCGGAUCGACACAUCAGCCUGAAGUCGGCCGUUCCAUGGGCCCCUCACUCUCCUGACCUGAGUCCCCUGGACUUUUUCAUGUGGGGAUAUCUUAAGGACCGGGUAUAUGCGGGAAGACCGGCAACCACUCACGAGCUCAAGACCGCCAUAGUCCAGGAGGUGGACCGUAUCCCCGCUGACAUGGUCGACAAGGCCAUCAUCCAUCUCAAGGAAGUUCGUCUGCCGCUGGUGAAGCAGCGCCGCGGUGCCCACCUGGAGCACAUCCUGUGAGGUGUGAGCGGCUGACAGAUGCGGACAAUAGUGCGCAGUGAGUUUUGCCAUUUCAUUGUAAUUCGAAAUAUACCUGGUUUACCAUUGUACCAUUGUAAAUAUACAUGUUAUCGAAAGAAAACUGAAGGUACUU